AUGACAAAAAAAACACUUGUUUUUAUUGCUAAUGGUAGCGAAGAAAUUGAAGCAGUAACAACAAUAGAUGUUCUACGAAGAGCUGAAAUUGAAGUUGAUGUUGUUUCAAUUGAAAAGAAUGGUCAUGAAUCUGUAAAAUGUAGUCGAAAUGUUCGUAUUUUACCGGAUAAAUCAAUUGAUGAUAUUAAAAAUAAUCAAUAUGAUUGUGUUGUUAUACCUGGUGGUAAUGAUGGAUCAAAAGCAAUGGCAGCAAAUGCUGAAGUUGGACAAAUUCUAACAAAACAUUAUCAAGAUGGUAAAAUAGUUGCUGCUAUUUGUGCUGGACCACGAGCAUUAUUAUCACAUAAAAUUGGUAUCGAUCAUAAACAUACUAUAACAUGUUAUCCAACUGUACGUAAAGAAUUUACUGAUGGUGAACCAUAUAAAUUAGAUACACCUGAUCAUGCCGUUUGUCAUAGCACGCAUACAAUAAAAGGUGCUGAAGAAAAAGAACAUCAUUUGGUUACAAGUCAAGGACCUGGUACAUCUAUGGUUUUUGCAUUGAAACUUAUUGAACUUCUGAAAGGCAAAGAUGAAGCAACGAAAGUUAAAGAUGGAUUACUCGUUUAA